CAUACACAUGAGUAACCACCCACCACCGGUCGACCCAUACAAUAUUAUAAUUUAUAAUACCUCGUUGUGAUCUUAUGAUCAAUUAAUAGAACUACUGAAUUUUUUACAUUUUUCUUAAACCAAUAUCACCGUAAUUUCGUCAUAGUGUAUUCGUUUGCAGUAUUAAUAUCGUUCUAUAGAUCGCCAAAAUGGUUUCUUUAAAUCCAGUACGUAUUUUGAAACAACAAGCCGAAGAAGACAAAGGUGAAAAUGCUCGCUUGUCUAGUUUCAUUGGAGCCAUCGCCAUUGGUGAUUUGGUCAAAAGCACAUUGGGGCCAAAAGGAAUGGACAAGAUACUUAUAUCGCCCGGCCGUGGAGGAAUGGAUGCUAAAGUUGAAGUCACCAAUGAUGGUGCAACAAUAUUGAAAAAUAUUGGAGUUGAUAAUCCAGCCGCCAAAAUAUUGGUUGAUAUGUCUAAGGUUCAAGAUGGUGAAGUUGGAGAUGGUACCACAUCUGUUACUGUUCUAGCUGCUGAAUUGUUACGUGAGGCAGAAAAACUUGUUGAUCAAAAAAUUCACCCUCAAGUAAUUAUAUCUGGAUGGAGAAAAGCAACAACCAUCGCACAUGAUGCUUUACAAGCUUCUGCUAUGGAUAAUAGUAAAAAUGAAGCUAAAUUCCGAGAAGAUUUAUUGAAUAUUGCUCGUACAACUUUAAGUUCUAAAAUUUUAUCUCAGCAUAAAGAACAUUUCGCUAAGUUGUCUGUUGAUGCUAUUUUGCGUCUGAAAGGUUCUGGCAAUUUAUCAGCCAUACAGAUUAUUAAGCUGAAAGGUGGAUGUUUAGAAGAUUCAUUUUUAGAUGAAGGUUUCCUUCUGGACAAAAAACCUGGUCAACAUCAGCCAAAACGUAUUGAAAAUGCCCGUAUACUUAUUGCCAAUACUCCUAUGGAUACAGACAAAAUUAAAGUAUUUGGAUCUCGUAUAAAAGUUGAUUCUAUGGCUAAAGUAGCUGAACUUGAAUUGGCAGAAAAAGAAAAAAUGAAAGAUAAAAUAGGAAAAAUACUUUCUCAUGAAUGUAAUGUUUUCAUUAACAGACAAUUGAUCUACAAUUAUCCUGAACAACUUUUUGCUGAUGCUGGUAUUAUGGCUAUUGAACAUGCCGAUUUUGAUGGUAUUGAACGAUUAGCCCUUGUAACUGGUGGGGAGAUUCUAUCAACAUUCGAUUCCCCUGCCAUAGCCAAGUUGGGUACAUGCAAACUUAUUGAAGAAACAAUGAUCGGGGAAAGCACAUUGUUACGUUUCUCCGGCGUAGCUCUUGGUGAAGCAUGCACCAUCGUCAUCCGUGGUGCAACUGAACAAAUUAUUGAUGAAGCCGACCGUUCUUUACAUGAUGCUUUAUGUGUAUUAUCAUCUACCGUCAGAGAACCAACCAUUGUGUAUGGUGGUGGUUGCAGUGAAAUGCUAAUGGCAAAUGCAGUAAGUGCUGUAGCUGCUAAAACACCUGGAAAAGAAGCAGUAGCCAUGGAGGCCUUUGCUCGGGCUUUACAGUCUCUUCCCACUACUAUUGCCGACAAUGCUGGUUUGGAUUCUGCACAGCUUGUCAAUGAAUUGAGAGCCAAUCAUGCUCUUGGCAAGAGUAAAAUGGGUCUUGAUAUGGAAAAAGGUGCUUUAGGAUGUAUGCAAGAGAUUGGAAUAACUGAGUCUUUUGUUGUCAAAAGACAAGUUCUAGUGUCUGCCGCUGAAGCUGCUGAAAUGAUUUUGCGUGUCGAUUGUAUCAUUAAAGCUGCACCUAGACAACGAGUUGAAGAUCGUGGUCACUGUUAAUUUCUAACUAUCUUAAAUUUAUUUAAUAAUAUUCAUAACAAACUAACUCCAAACACAAUAAGGUUGUUUUAAUUCACAUGUUUUUUAUAUACAUUUUUUUUUUUUAAUAUAUAAAAAUAUGAAAUACUAUUCACGAGAUAUUAUUUUAAACAUCUUAAAAUCUAUAUAAAAAAAAAAUGCUUUUCAAUAAUUAUAAUAUUUAAAUCUAUUCGAUAAUAAGUGUAUUUUGCAAAAAAAUAAGUAAGCAAAAAUUAUUUUAAAUAAUAAAUAAUUGACUAGAA